AAAUAAUAAAGAAAAUAGAAAAAAUUAAUAUUCAAGACUCUAGUCUCUUCUCUCCUCACUCACACCUCCGUCCUCACUAUCAAAAAGAGCGCGCAACUCAACGGCCUAAAACCUAUUGAGAAUGCCGGAGCUACCAGAGGUGGAGGCGGCCAGACGGGCCAUAGAAGAGAACUGUUUGGGUAAGAAGAUAGUGAAGUCGAUUAUAGCCGAUGAUAACAAAGUGAUUGAUGGUGUCUCUGCGUCGGAGUUCGAGGCCGCGCUUUUGGGCAAGACCAUUUUGUCUGCUCAUAGAAAGGGCAAAAACAUGUGGCUUAGUCUCGAUUCCCCUCCCUUUCCUUCUUUCCAGUUCGGGAUGGCGGGAGCUGUUUACAUUAAGGGGGUUGCUGUUACAAAAUAUAAGAGGUCUGCUGUAAAGGACACUGAUGAAUGGCCUUCAAAAUAUUCAAAAUUCUUUGUUGAACUAGAUGAUGGUUUGGAGAUGUCUUUCACUGACAAGAGGAGAUUUGCUAAAGUCCGCCUACUCCAAGAUCCGGCUUCUGUACCCCCUAUAUCUGAUCUUGGUCCUGAUGCCCUAUUGGAGCCUUUGACAGUUGAUGAAUUUACUGAAUUGUUAAGCAAGAGGAAAAUUGCGAUUAAGGCUCUAUUACUUGAUCAGAGUUUUAUAUCAGGAAUUGGCAAUUGGGUUGCAGAUGAAGUUUUAUACCAAGCCAGAAUUCAUCCACUGCAAAUUUCUGCCAACUUGUCCAAAGAAAAUUGUGCAACCUUGCUCCAGUGCAUCAAAGAGGUAAUUGGAAAAGCAAUUGAAGUUGGGGCAGAUAGUAGUCAAUUUCCUAAUAAUUGGAUUUUUCAUUCUCGCGAAAAGAAGCCUGGCGAGGCAUUUGUUGAUGGUAAGAAAAUUGACUUUAUUACUGCUGGUGGUAGGACAACUGCUUAUGUACCAGAGUUGCAAAAGCUAAAUGGAGUCCAAGCUGCAAAAGCAGUGGUUAAACAAAGGAAGAAAACUUCUAAGAUAAAAGAUAGUGAGGAUGAUGAUGAAGAUAAAGCUGUUGACGCACCUGAAAGUGAUGAGGAGUUUACUGAAAAUCCCAAAUCAAAGAGAGGGCAGAAACCUGGGAUUAAAGGUAAAAAACAUUCAAAUAAAAGAAAAUCUAAAGAAAGUGAUGAUGACAAUGAGGACAAUGAUGUCGGUGAUGACAAUGCUGAUGAAUUGCAAGCAACAAAAUCAGGAAAGCCAAAGAAGAAUAACCAAGCUAAGGCUGUGAAGAUCUCCAAGGAAAAGGUUACUGGUAAAAAAAGUAUGAAUGUACCGAAGAAAGCAAAAUAGGUGCUGAGCUUUUUAGAAACUGCCAUGCUGCAAUGGCCCAUGUUACUAAGGACUGAAAGUGUGGAAGUAUCUUGUAAAUUAUCGUUAAUGGUGUGGCUCUUUUGUCAUGAUCCAAUUCCAGGCCAGUUUGAAUUCAUUGGCUAGUAUCUUGUAAAUUAUCGUUAAUGGUGUGGCUCUUUUGUCACGAUCCAAUUCCAGGUCAGUUCGGAUUCAUUGGCUAUCAUACCUGGUCAUGCCAAUGAGUUUUUGAAUGUAAGGUAAACUUGAACGACUCUGGAAAUCUUUGAAUGAACCUUGUCUCUGUAAAUUCUAUCUUUAUGGAAUUAUCUUGAUGCAA